CAAACCUAAUGGAAAAUAAACAAGUGAAGAAACAGCCUAAAAGAGGUUUGUGGAAACCAGAGGAGGACUUGCUUCUCAAAAAUUAUGUGGAGACACAUGGUGAGGGCAACUGGGCGGCUGUAUCCGAGAAAUCAGGUUUGAUGAGAGGAGGGAAGAGUUGCAGACUAAGAUGGAAGAAUUACUUGAGACCAAACAUAAAACGUGGUGGGAUGUCAAAAGAGGAAGAAGACCUUAUCAUUCGAAUGCACAAACUAAUUGGUAACAGAUGGUCACUGAUAGCGGGUCGACUUCCUGGUCGAACGGAUAAUGAAGUGAAAAACUACUGGAAUACGCAUUUGAAAAAGAAAUGCCGUCUCGGCAAAAGAAAAGCCAUUGAGUUAAGCUGCCAUCAAAUUGGGAUUGACAACAAUAACAACAACAACAACAAGAAAUUGCCUCAACUGUGUGAUUCUCAACAGAAAGAUAUUGCUCAAGGAAUAUCGGAAGAAGAGAGUAAUAAUUUGACUGACACAACUACAGGAAGCCUUAACUACGACACAGAAUUAUGUGGGGUGAUGAUACCUCCCAAUAAUGGAGCGUUUGUCUUUGAUGAUGAGCCUUUCAUUACCUACUUGGAUUCCUUUGUUCUGUUUGAGUGCAUGGGUAGUGAGGACACAUACUCACAAUCGCAGAUGGGAAUGGGUAUGCAAUCAAUCAUGCCUUAGUAUAUGUGAUGUGAACCUUUCAUUAUGGACCCUCCCCUUCCUUUCAGUGGUAGGGGCCGCUGAGUUUUCCAAGGUUUGCAGUAGCAUGUGUUGCUUUUUUCCUUCACCGACACAGUUGAGGUUGCAUUAUGAUAUAUUGUUAAUAACGUUUAUUACAUACUUGUGUAAACAAGUGCUUAUCCCACACCCAUUACACUUGUCAAUCAAUCUUUCUCCCUCUCUUUCUUUUUCUCUCUUAGAUAUGUAUUGUAUUGUAUGUAACGUGAUGAAUUAUACUUCUAUAU